AUGGUUUCACAAGGGAAGGAACAAGCAAUCAGACAUCUGACUAAGGCUGAUUUAGCAUUUAUUGCAGUACUAUUCGACGUCCAAGAUGGUUUAGCGGACGAUGAAGGUCGAGCAAGGAAUGUUUAUCGAUUAACAUUCGAAAAUAUUCAAGUUAUUCAUGGAUAUUUGAAUCAAACAGAUGAUGGUACUAGUUUCAAUUAUGAACAGAGUUCGAAAGGUUUACAAUUUAAACUCGAAGAUCAAAAUGAAAAGCAAACAACUCUUGCCGAUGAUGAAGUCAAGGAACCAAAAGAAGGCAAAACUUACGUAGCGAUUCUUACUGAUCCAAAACACAUCACAGUUUUGGUAGAAAUCAACCCUAAUGAUAUCAGUGAAAUCAUUCAAAGUUCUCAAAUACCGCUUUAA